AUGUCAAAUUAUUCAUUUCAUGAUGGGAAAAAUCCUGUAUUUAUCAAUGUCGAAAAUAUAAAAAUUGAAGAGGGAUUACAUACAAAUGUAACAAUUAAACAGGAGAUAACAGAAGAAAAUGAUUCUAAUUUCUCCCAAAUCGAAUAUAACCAGAAAAUAAUUUCAAAUUUAAAUAAACGAUUUGGUACUAAAGAAAAACGAUUUACAUGUGAUAUUUGUAAUAAAACCUUUACUCACCAAAGUACUUUAGCAAUACAUAGAAGAAUUCAUAGUGGAGAAAAACCUUACUCAUGUGAUUUAUGUGAUAAAACAUUUACUCAGUCAAGCAAUUUAACUGAGCAUAAACGUAUUCAUACUGGAGUAAAACCAUUUUCAUGUGAUGUAUGUGAAAAAAAAUUUUUACGUCUCGAUAGUUUGAUUAGACAUAAACGAAUUCAUACCGGAGAAAAAGUUUAUUCAUGCGAUGUUUGUACGAAAACAUUUACCGAAAAAAGUAAUUUAAACAAACAUAAAAGAAUUCAUAGUGGAGAAAAACCUUACUCGUGUGAUUUUUGUGAUAAAUCGUUUGCUCAAUCAAGUAAUUUAACUGAACAUAAACGAAUUCAUACUGGAGAAAAACCUUUUCCAUGUGAUGUUUGUGGUAAAUGGUUUCCUCGUCCAGAUGUUCUGGUAAAACAUAAAAGAACGCAUACCGGAGAAGAUCUUUUAUCAUGUGAUGUUUGUAAUAAAACAUUUAUUGAAAAAAGUAAUUUAAUUAAACAUAAACGUAUUCAUACGGGAGAAAAACCAUUUUCAUGUGAUGUUUGUGAUAAAUCAUUUACUCAAUCGAGCAAUUUAACCGAGCAUAAACGAAUUCAUACAGGAGAAAAACUUACUUGUAAUUUAUGUGAUAAUGUUUUCACUUAUUCAAGUACCUUCACUGAACAUAAACGUAGUCAUACUGAAGAAAAUCAUUUUCCAUGUGAUCUUUGUGACAAAGUUUUCAGUCGUAACAAAUUAAUUAAACAAACAGUAACUAUUGAAGCAGCCGAUUUCCGUCAAUACGAUCAUGCACAUUGA